AUGUCUACAAAUACAUCGUAUUGUGCAGUUGCUGAAUGUAGUCAUAGUGGACGUAAGACUGAAGGUGUAAUUUAUCAUCGAUUUCCAAAAAAUGUUGAACUACAGCGUAAGUGGAUUGCUCGUUGUAAACGAGAAGACAAAAUUAAUGUUAAUAAUGCAAGAGUUUGUUCUGAACAUUUUUGUGAAAGCGAUUACAAACGAGACUUGCAGAAUGAAUUGUUAGGUCUACCUACACGUAAACUGCGACAGGUUAAUGCUGUUCCGUCUCUAAAAAUACCAAACUGGCACUCAAAUAUAUUCGAAGUUCCAGGUCCUAGCACCGCAAAUGUUACCGGUAGUGCUCUAACAGAGAGAGAACGUCGCUGUGACACUAGAACAGUAAAAAGAAGAGUUCUCUCAACGUUGAAAACUUUUUCUCCCAAGAAAAGUAAGCUGGACAAAUCCAGCAACACAGAAGCUUUUAAUGAUCCGCUAAUUUCACUUAAAGACCAUGAAAUUCAAGCACCGAAGAAGGAAUUGGUUAGUUUGAAGAUUAAAAAUGUUCGACUGGAACAAAGAAUGAAGUCCAUGAAAGAAGUUAUAAAGCAAGCUACAUCUAUAAAACGUAAUGUGUCUCACAUUAAGAAGCACAAAUUUGUAUGCUUGGAUGUGAGAAGUACACUUUCUCAGUGUUUCACACCAGGACAAAUUCGUUGUCUGUUAAAGAAGAGGUAG